GGACUACAGUUCCCAUAAGGCCGUGCGCGGGCCACGGUAAGCAGGUGGGCGCCAGGCCCCGGUGCCGGCAAGGCCGAGUAGAGGAGACGCUGCGCCUGGCGAGUCCCGCGUUGGCGGGACCGGGCGGCAGGCGUCAUGACCCUGUUCCACUUCGGGAACUGCUUCGCCCUCGCCUACUUCCCCUAUUUCAUCACGUACAAAUGCAGCGGCCUGUCUGAGUACAACGCCUUCUGGAAAUGCGUCCAGGCCGGGGUCACCUACCUCUUUGUGCAGCUAUGCAAGAUGUUGUUCUUGGCCACUUUCUUCCCCACCUGGGAAGGGGGCAUCUAUGACUUCAUUGGGGAAUUCAUGAAGGCCAGUGUGGAUGUGGCAGACCUGAUAGGCCUAAACCUUGUCAUGUCCCGGAAUGCAGGCAAGGGGGAGUACAAGAUUAUGGUUGCUGCCCUGGGCUGGGCCACUGCUGAACUCAUUAUGUCCCGCUGUAUCCCUCUCUGGGUGGGAGCCCGAGGCAUUGAAUUUGACUGGAAAUAUAUCCAGAUGAGCAUUGACUCCAACAUCAGUCUGGUCCACUAUAUUGUCGCCUCGGCUCAGGUCUGGAUGAUAACACGCUAUGACCUGUACCACACCUUCCGGCCUGCCGUUCUCCUCCUGAUGUUCCUUAGUGUCUACAAGGCCUUUGUCAUGGAGACCUUCGUCCACCUCUGCUCCCUGGGUAGCUGGACAGCCCUGCUCGCCCGGGCGGUCGUAACAGGACUGCUGGCCCUCAGCACGUUGGCCCUGUAUGUUGCUGUUGUCAAUGUGCACUCCUAGCUCGACGUCCCAGGUGUUGGCGUCCCUUUUCACUGGCUCUCUCCAGAUUUUAGUAAAGUAAACAGUGUUUGGAAAGGUUA